UCCCGGGAGGCAAAGAAGGCCCGGGAGAGCCAGGCACACCGUAAGCAUGCCGCGGAAAUCUCAGCCCCAGAACCAAAGCACAGAAUGCUGACGGCACCGCUGACACUAAUGAUUCCGUUCUGGACGACCCCCGUGGCCUUUUUGUUGAGGCCUUCAGGACACAAAGCUCCCACCGAAAGACGCGACCCUCCUUUGGGAGGGAGGCAGGGCUGGGGGCGGGGGCACAGCGGGGCCUCAGCCUCAGGCGCGUCACCCGGCACAAAGGAGCCAGCAGGGAGGCGGCCGCGGGAGCCGAUCUCAGCUCGCCAGCCACUCGCAACUGCGGUUCCAGACCUGCAGCUCCCCUCCCCCUCCAUCUCCCCUCCCCCUCCCCACCCAGGCCCGCCCGCCCACCUUUCUGUCUCCUCUCUCCCUCCGUACUGGCCGGCCCGGGUCCAUUUCCGGGCGCCGGCUAUUUGGUAUCGAUCCGGGCCGGGGGUGCGCGAGCAGGUGGCUGCGGCGGGGCAGCUGGGCCGCCGCCUGGGGCGCCGGCGCCCGUCUCCCGCCGCCUUUGUCGCCAGCCCUUGCCCGGCGGCCCGCCCUCCUCGGGCCCGCGCGCUGCCGCUUGGACUUUGCGCCGCGUCGGGCGCUGCUGCUGCUGUUGCUGCGCGCGGGGCCGCGCUCGGGGCCGGCGGCGGCCGGGCAGCGGGGCGGCUGGGGGCAGCCGGACCCCGGGCCAACAUGGCUGAAGUCGGCAUCGACCAGUCCAAGCUGCCGGGAGUCAAGGAAGUGUGCCGAGAUUUCGCUGUCCUGGAGGACCACACCCUGGCCCACAGCCUGCAGGAGCAAGAGAUCGAGCAUCACUUGGCAUCGAACGUUCAGCGGAACCGUUUGGUCCAGCAUGAUCUCCAGGUGGCUAAGCAGCUCCAGGAGGAGGAUCUGAAAGCUCAGGCUCAACUCCAGAAGCGCUACAAAGACCUUGAACAACAAGACUGUGAAAUUGCUCAGGAAAUCCAGGAGAAGCUGGCUAUUGAGGCAGAGAGACGACGCAUUCAGGAGAAGAAGGAUGAGGACAUAGCUCGCCUUUUGCAAGAAAAGGAGUUACAGGAAGAGAAAAAACGAAAGAAACACUUUCCAGAAUCGUCCGGGGCCAAUGCUUAUGGAGAUAGUUACUAUUAUGAAGAUGGAGACCAGCUACGGUCAAGGAGGGCAAGGGAGUUGGGUUCUGGAUCCUCAAGAUCUUGUAGACUCCAAAAUGAAGAAAAGACUGCGAAGCAGAGGAAGAAGAAACCAAAACAUCCACUGGAGAACUUGGAAGAGCUUGAAGUACAUUGUUCAUCAGACAAAUCUCUGUCUUCCUCUAACUCGGGUAAAAUGAAGGAUGAUCCCCGAAUUAACACUGAGCAGCAUAAAAGGAAACGGUCUGAUCAUGAGAGGCUUCGGAGACCUCCUCUUCCUAAGAUCAGUGGUGAGGUGUUUUUGAACGCUGAAUGUGAUGACUGGGAGGCUAACCGUAGCCAUCGAACUCGGAAUUUGGAAAAACAGUCCAGAAGCCAAGACCCACUUUCACCCAAGUCCCCACAGGAAGCAGGGCUUCACUGCAAGGAAGCUGUGUAUGGGAGGGACCGUGGGAAAGGUGAGCACAGAGAAAGGAAACACAGGCCCGGGACUCCUCCCUUCUCGGAGAGUGAGGAACGGCUCCAACUUCAUGACACAGGAAUGAAGCCAAGAGGGAUGAAAGAAGCUGUCUCUACUCCAUCACGAGUGACCCACAGGAAUCAGGAAUGGUAUGAUGCUGAAAUUGCCAGAAAACUGCAAGAAGAAGAAAUUUUGGCUACCCAGGUGGACAGGAGAGCAGCUCAAGUAGCCCAGGAUGAGGAAAUUGCUAGACUUCUAAUGGCCGAAGAAAAGAAAGCUUACAAGAAAGCCAAGGAGCGGGAGAAGUCAUCUUUGGACAAAAGGAAGCAUGACCCCGAUUGGAAGACCAAACCAGCUAAAUCAGCACACUCAAAGUCAAAAGAGAGUGAUGAACCUCAUCGUUCUAAGAAUGACAGGCCAGCACGGCCCCCACCGCCUACCAUGACCGAUCCUGAGGAUUUGGGUUGCUCUCAUUUUACAAACCAGCAUAAUUCCACACGUCAUUUCUCAAAAUCAGAGUGCUCUCAUAAAGGUUUCCAUUAUAAGCAGUAAAAACCUAGGAAUCUGCCUUGAACACAGACUCACUGUAGCAAAUACUCCUAGAUGAUACAGAAUGCAUUCCGCGCUUAUUUUUCUUCUUCGUCUGUUUGUAUUCCUGGGCUUUAUCUCAAGUGUUUUUCUGACCAUAAAUAAUUUUAAUUCAUUUAAAAUGUUCUGCUUAUUCCUGCUCACUUGGGCAGUACAAGAAAAUCUGGCUUCUGAAUAGUGACCCCCUCUGCGCUGUCUAUGCCUUCUGGGAUAUAGGAUCUGAGAGCUCCAUAAAAUGCAGUUUGUGUUAGGUGUGGAGUAUUGGUAUCCAGGGACUAGGCUUUAUUUAGCAAUUAGAAUUUUGUGAAGAUAAUGAUCAAAAUAAAACAUAACAUUUGGAUGCAACGGAGAAUAAAAAUACAAGAAAUAGCUUUUUUUGGUGCAUUAGUGUAUGAUGUAUUGAAAGACAGAGGCUUUUGCCUUUUGUACUCUUCAGGAAAAAAAUCACAACCAUAAAAUAUUUAAAACACACAGACACACACACCUGGAACAGUUGAAAUACGUUAUUCUGACUGCCUGGAUCAUAGAGGUUUUGCCUGUCCAUAUAAGUCCUCCCGGGAAAGUUGGCCUAGAUGUCAUUCUCUGACACUUUUCUGCUAUUGCUUCUUCAAUAGCAAGGCUGUAUGAAGCCUCUGGGCAUCGGGCCGUUUGUUAGUAUUUAUUGGCAGAAAUUUAAUUCUAUGAAAUUUUAACUCAGGUCUGUGCAAAGUCAACUGCAAAUGAAAAACUUUGUAUCCCUUCUCCUAUUUUACAUUUACUUGCAGAGUUGAGGGAAAUGGAACUGGAAGAUGGUCAUACAGGUGAUGAUGCCAUCAUUCUCUCUGGCCAUAGAUUGAAGUUUUUCUCUUGCCAAAAAACAUAGCAGUAUUUGUUGCAACCUCUCUAAAAUGUUUUGUGUAUCUGUCAGUGAUUAGAUUAAUUCAGUGUGAAGUUGAUGUUGAUAAAGUGGUUCUUUAUCCAUGUGUUUGGUUCUACACAAUCGUUAAUGAUACAUGGACAUCAGAUUCUUUUGUACAAGGCCAUUAAACCCUUCCUCAAGAUAUCUUGAGUCUUUGUCUAGCUUCCAACCUCAUGGAAAUGCUUAUUUUUUCAGUACUAGUCAACUUAAAUGGCAACCGAGAUAUAUGUAUCUCUCUGUAUUCCUUCAGCUUGAAAUGCUAUUAUUUUCAUUGUAUGAAUCUAAUAUAUUUGGCAUUUUAGUAUGGUGGUUGUUAAGGAGAGAAAUAUAUAGGUGACUAGAAAAAAAGAUGUUAAUCCAUUCUUUUCCCACUGAGAACCACCUUCAGUUUGCCUUAUCCUUCCAGAUGGUCUUUAAAAUUGGGGCAGUAUUCAGGAAGCUGUUUAGAAGAGUUGCUCGGAGUCCAUUUGCAUCUUUCUUUGUGAGAAAGAUCUUUAGUUUCAUAAAGUUUUGGAUUUUAGGAACUUCAGUAAAAGGCAUCUGAGUUAAGUUUUGGGGAAAUGGUAAUCUAGAAAGAAACAGGACCGUGAGAGAUGUAGUCAUUUCUGAAAAAUAGAGGAAAGGGAAAAUAAUAGGACUUUGAAAUGGCCAUGAGGAAAUGAAUGAAGAAAGAUCUUUGCUUGUAAAUAGGCAGGGGCAGGCAAAGUGGAGGUCCUGGCCUUAAGUCAAAUUCCAGAGGCUGGUUUCAAUAUCCAAAGCUAAAGCAUUGCUGACUUAUAGUAAGGCUAUAUUUGCCUUUGUCUGCCCUGUGAUUUUGCUUCAUGUUUUAAAAAGUUUUUUAUAGUAGCUUUAAAGAAAAAAACGCAGUGUAUUUUUAUUUGAUAAUCAGGCAAAUGGACAACAUCAUUUGCUGUAUUUUUAUUUUAUAAAUGUUUAUUUUUCUAUCUCAUACAAUGAUUGGUUUUUCUUUAAAAAUUCUACGUUUCUCUUGCCUCUCAUGUACUUUAUCCAAUCCUAUUUAUUAUUGUAAAAUGCUAACUGGAGAUGAUUCAUUCAGAAAAUGUCAGGCCGUUUAACACGUAACCAGGAUGUUCGUGUUUCGGCUGUCCUAGGGAGUGACCAAAGGUGAUAUUUUCCUUGCGACGCCCAAUUCAACAUCUGUGUUGAAAAGUUGUUACUUUUUGUUUUUUAGGUUUUUAAAAGAUUAGAAUUUUAAGGCAUUUUUAUUUUUUUGUAAAGCAAACACUUUUUAAAGAGUAUCAGAGUAGUUUUUUUCCUGUGAGUAAGGAGAUAGAAAUCAAACUCAGCUGGUUAAAUCCUCUUAUUCUCUUGCAAAUAGUGUAAUAAUCAUCUUUGAGACUGUAGAAGCAACUAACAACUGUGUUUUACGGAACUGCCAGACAUUCUUCACUGUGUUCUCUGCUUUUCACUUUGUCAUUUUUAUAUAAAGAUGGAAGUAUUUCUUUUGUUCUUGUUCCUACUGCUGGAACACACGCCAUUUAAUUUUUGGGCCCACAAUGUGUUAUGCUUUAAUGUUAGGAAGUGGACUGACACUUCUGGCCUUGGAAAAUCUUUCUGUUUCUAUGACUCUGUUCUCUGGAGGCCAGGCCCCAUUACCACCAGCAUUGCUGAAUGAGCACACUAUGUUAUGGAGCCUUAUCGUAAGGCUGCUGGACAUGUACACCUCCUCCCCACAGCCCAGUAACUUUUUGUAAGUGAUUGCCUGAAAGCAAGGUUAGAUGAGGGACAGAUUAAAUAUUCUGAAUUGAAAACAAUUUGGCUCUAGAAGUGUCAAACCAUUGCUAGACGUAAUUAUUUUAUUGGAAGACUGGAGAGUUGCUACACAUGCUUUAAAAGAACAUUGAGUUUUUAGAAGGUGACUUUCAGACCACUGAAUUACUGCUUCUCAAGUGACAUUAUGACAGCCAGCAGCAGACUAAUGAACUGUAAAAAAGACGGUAUGGUUUUUGAUCAUAGAGAAACAUCCAAAUUAGAAAAGAAAGAUACGGAUAGUUGCUUCGAGGAGGAAAACCUUUUCAGAGUGGCAGUGGUCACUUGGAUCUAGACAUAUUGUAAAAUGUGUGACCUUGGGCCUUGUGUUCCACGGAACUCCAGAAAGUUAUGACCAGACCCUUUUCCUCCUUGUCUUCUCCACUGUGGCCUACAGCUGACCUGGGUGAUGAAUAAAUUUGUUGCUGACUUUGUUCAUACCUUUCCUUCAAUGACAGGACUUUUCAGUAUAAAAAUAAUUGACUUUUAACUGAUAAUUGUUUUUCCUUAAUAUUGUCAAAUAGUCUCUAAAUUUUGUCUUGUGCCAAACUUCCUUGGAAACACCUGCUGUAAUAUGGUGCAGUUUACCACAUAAGUGGUUAACAUUCUCGGGCCUUGAUUUUUAAUGAGUAUUGCCUUUGUAUAAAAAUCACUUUGGGGAAUACCACGGUUAUUCAUUUAUUCAAUGAUGAUUUUCUUGAAAGGUAACUGUGGUGAUUGGCUCUAAGAUCUUCAGCCUAAUAAAGGAACAAGACCUCAGCGUAAUCACCUUUCUGAAAGACUGAGAACAGAAUAGAACUUGGACUCAAAGGCUUUUUUCCCUUUUGGGAAAACGGUAUUUGUGUGGGGAAUGUUAAUAUGGAAAGGGAACACUGUUCAGGUAGAUUUCACUGUACAUAGUGUGCCAUGUUCUGAUAACAAGUGGCUUUUUAGAAGCAAUCACAAAAUCAUCAAAACCUGCUUUGUCAGCACAAAGGAAAAAAUAGAUUUUUUAAGUACUUUGUCCAUUACUUACUGCUCAUAGAGAAGUGACUAGAUAAAAUGGUCCCAUUUUCUCCUCAUAUCUGGUGGUGCCUGUGAGUCUUAAAGCCAUAACUGCUUAUCUUACUGUUGAUAGAAUCCUUUUUUCUCCUUAGCCCAUAAUAGGUCAUAUGGACAAGGAGAAGCAAAUGGGAGACUGCCUGAUAAUGCUGCAUGGGGCAGGGUCAUCCAAAUUCCUGACAGAAGAGUCUCUUUUAUCCCUGUUGAUAGCUAAGAUUAUUAAAGGGAAGAGUUGAGGCUAUUGUUGCUCCUACUCUUUAACCAUUGUUAGAAAUGCUGAAAUUUAAUCUAGAGAAGUCAAGAAGGAAAGGGUAAAUUAGGAAAAUUUCACUGCUACAGAGUUGCUUUUCUGAUGAGACCUGCCUUUAUGCCAGCAAUGUCUGUAAGGAGCAGUGUUGCCUUAAAUUAGUUUCAUUCUGACUGAGGUCAGUGUACUGUACUUCCAGUAUGUGAAUGACUGUCAACUCUCCAUUGAGAUAUAGAAUUCACAGGUGAUCCCCAAACAUCCUUGCCAUCAGAAGCUUUGCCAUCAGAAACAUCCUCCCACUGAGCUGUGGUGACCUGUGUAUACACUGAUGGGUAUUUCAAGUUGCCUCUCAGUCUGUGAGUGAGCAGUGGCAUGACCAAAAGGCUGGUAGGAGAGAGAAUUUCCUGGCCAAAUUCUUCAGGUGAUCACUUCCUGAAUAACUGAGAGUUGACCGUCCUUCCUUUCUGUAGUGACUAUGUAGAAGAUAUUUCCAAAGGUUCUAUUAUGCAGUGAAGUCACUCAUUAUUGUUUUGUAAGAAUUUCACCAACACUCUGAUGUAUUGAAAUGCAUACUAUUCACAAAAAAAGGAGGAAACCAAACCAAACAGAGAUAUUUACUUGAAAUGGGAUUUCUUGAUUUGAAGAGUGUUUCUAUUUUUAUUACAUUUAAGAGAAAAUUAAUCAGGAAAACUUUUGCUAUGGUAGGAAAGACACCAAGAGUGUUUUUUAAGGUUGUGUUUGUUGCCACAAACUAACACAGUCGUCUAAGUAAUCAUGUUGAUUUGUGGAAAUAUCUGGUCCUGAAAAAUAUUCUCUUUCCCUUAUGUAUUUGUGAACACUGCCUAGAAACAUGUUCCUAAUCGAUUUAAUAUGCCUUUAUGUAUUCUCAGCAAACUGGAAAAUGUUUUUCUCUUUUUGAAUAACUAUUCAUAGCAUAGGGAGCCAGCACUGUGCUAGUUUCAGCAUUUCAGAUAAGGACAGAAUUAAUUGUGUAACUUAGUGCCCCAUUAUUCAUUGCUGAGGUUUGUAUAGAAAGAAGAAUUGAAAGACAGGGUUUGAGUGACAUUUCCUUCACAUCAGAGCAAGGGUUAAGAACAAUGAAGAGAGACAGUUGAGAACAUACACUGUUUCACAUCAUGUACUUAGGAUGCAUUUUUUGUUGCACUGAACUUCAGACCAUAAUUGCUAAAAUAGUUUCUAGCUGUUAAAAUUUAGUUGAGAAGGUUUUUGAUGCCAGAAUUUUUUUCCUGAUUAAAUUAGCCUCUGAAUCCCUGUAGGUUAUAACUUCAGCCCUUGCUGUACCCUGCAAGCCAAAUGCCCCUUCUCAGAAAUAGCUGUAUUUUUCACCUGCCUCUUGAAGGCAACCUAAUAUUUAUUUCAUGAAGUAUUGUAAAUAAUGAGGAGGUAUAGUGGGAAAGUAGCGUAUAAAAAUGGUGUUCCAAAAUAAGAACCCUCUGUAAUGGGGUUUCCUUAACAAGAAUCCAUUCCAGCACAGUGUUCUAUUUCGAAAAGGUACUGAAUUAUAAAGUACAAGAGUUUUCCCAUAUUAAUCAAGUUGCUCAGGAAAUUAGAGGUGGUGCUGUCAUUUGUCUUGUAAUUUGGAAAAGUGCUCUCCUGACUACACAGUGCCCGGGUAGUUUCGGAUUCUUUGGUAAGAACCCCUUUGACAUUUGGAAUGUGGAUAUGUUUGAAAGACAAGUGAGAUAUUGUCACAAGUGCUCAUCAAUUUGUAACCAAGGCCCAGACAGAGAGGCAGCUUUGAAAUAGCUACUUAAUGGAGCUGAACAGAACCUUAAUGGAAUACAGUUGCCUAUCUGAGGAUAGAAAACAGAGGCCACCUCAAACCACAUGCCUAUCUAGAGAUUAAGUGAAACUGUGAGGGACACUUUGUGGAUGCCUUAAAGGUGACUGGUGUUGGAUAAUGGUGGGUAUGUAUGCACCCAUCUGGACUUGACUGGUAGAAACAGUCUAUUUCAAUUCACCUUCAUACAGCACAAGUUGUUCCUGCUCCUGACCUCAUUGAGGAGUAUGAGGAACGUGGCGCAGGUGACUUUUUGUGUCUUGGGAGGGUGAGGUGGUAAUGACAUUCAGACCCUCCAGUGCUCACGCCGCCCUCAAAUGCCGGUUAUACAUCUGCAUUAAUUCAUCUAUGCAAGCUUGUGUUUUUAUGAUUUGUCUUCUACACCUUAUGUCCCAUUUGAUUCUUUAAACAUCAGGUUUAACAUUGGUAUUAUGAAUAAUUUUUAAACCAAAGUCUUGUGUAAGUCUGCUUGUUCUCCUGGAUGGUCUGACUGAGGCAAACACCAAUCUUGUCCUUCUCUCUUAAUAAAGUCAUCCAUUUGUUAAGCCAA